AUGUCGGGCAGCAGGAAGAGCUGGGCCGCUCUGUCCAGCCUGACCCAGCAGUGGACCCUGGAGGACGAGGAGGAACAGGAGCGAGAACGCCGGCGGCGACACCGGAACCUGAGCUUCGCCGCAGAUGACGAGGACCUGCCCGCCCGGGACGAGGACCCACCGGCCCCCGAGAGGCUGCUGAGCGUGGAGGAAGCAGAGGGGCCCCAGCCACUGGCCCCAGACCCCAGAGAUGAGGAGGACAUCCAGGCUGUCCUGAGGACGCGGCAGGAGCGGAGGCAGAGGCGCCGGGAGGCCCAGGAGGAGGCCAGGCAGCCGCCCCCGGUGCCUGAGGAGCAGGUGCAGUUGCCGCCCGGCCGGAGACUGAGCCCGGAGUGCAGCUCCACGGAGGAGGGGAGCCUGGCGGGCAGGGUGCCUGUGGGCUCUGAGAAGCUGUCUGCUGAGGGGAAGACACUUGAGCUGGAAGCGAGCCUGGAUCCUGAGACCCCUAGCCCCGUUAAAUGCUCCGUGUCCCAGAAGAUCGCUGUGCUGGAGGAGAGAGCUGUCUCAGGAAAGAGGGUGGUUCCAGACAAAGCCAGCAUCUCGGAGCAGAGACUGGUGUCUGAGAAAGCCACUGUCUUCAAGAAGACGCCGGCCCCCGAGACACAGCUGGCCCCAGGCAGGGCUGUGGCCCCAGCGCGACCCCAGGCCCGGGAGCACCCAGCCUCAGUGGGGCGCCCAUCCAGCCCUGGGGGCCAGCGGGACGCUGGGCCUGAGAAGGAUCCCGAGUCCUCAGCGGGGCCUCUGCCCCAGGCGUGUGGCCUCCCGCCCGUCACUCUGCAGGUGAGGACCCCCUGCACGGAGGCCGAGGCCCCAUCACCGACACGGGCCUCGCCCACCUUCAGCAGCGCCCUGCAGCGCUCCAGCCCCCGCACCAUCUCCUUCCGGAUGAGCCCCCGGAGAGACAGCUCAGAGGUGGCCUUAACCCGCAGCGCCAGCAUGAGGCUCCCGGUCAGCUCGGUCAAAUUAGGCCCAAAGCUGGAGCGAUACCACUCGGCCAUACAGAGAUCAGAGUCCGUCAAGUGUGCAAGCCCAUCCCGCACUGAGUUCCUCAUGGCUCCUGUGGAUGUCGCCAGCAAGCGCCACCUCUUUGAGAAAGAGCUGGUGGGCCAGAGCCGAGAAGGCCCAGCCUCCAGCCGCAAGGAGAACUUGCAGCUCUCGGGGGUGGUGACGUCGCGGCUCAACCUGUGGAUCAGCAGGACCCAGGAGUCAGCACAGCAGGGCCCUCAGGAGAUGCAGAGGGAGUCGGCAGCCGGCAGGAGGCCCCAGUGGAGGAAGAAGCCAGAGCCCACGCUGGGUGCCGAGAGGGAAGAGGAGGCCAUGUCGGACGUGGAAGAGACGGUGGAUGAGUAUGAUCAGUCGUCCCUGGGGGAGGCAGUGCCCGGGGGCAGAGAGGACCGCAGGCAUAGCUUGGACCCUGAAGACCCCUUCCUGGGCACUGAGGAGCACGAGGAGGUGGUGGAAGAGGAGGCUGGAGGCGAGGCUGAGGCUGGAGAGCCCAGCGCCGCAGAAGAUGGAGAAGAAGAGGAAGGUAGAGAGGCUGAAGAUGGCCCGGUGGAGGAGUCCAAGCCCAAGCCCAGGCCCUUCAUGCCCAACUUGGUGCCACCCAAGAUCCCUGAUGGAGAGAGGGUGGACUUUGAUGACAUCCACCGGAAGCGCAUGGAGAAGGACCUCAACGAGCUGCAGACGCUGAUCGAGGCGCAUUUCGAGAACCGCAAGAAGGAGGAGGAGGAGCUGGUCUCCCUCAAAGACAGGAUCGAGAAAAGGCGGGCCGAGCGCGCGGAGCAGCAGCGCAUCCGUACCGAGCGCGAGAAAGAGCGGCAGACGCGUCUGGCGGAGGAGCGUGCCCGCCGAGAGGAGGAGGAGAGCCGCAGGAAGGCGGAGGACGAGGCGCGCAAGAAGAAGGCUCUGUCCAAUAUGAUGCACUUCGGAGGCUACAUCCAGAAGACGGAGCGUAAAAGUGGGAAGAGACAGACAGAGCGGGAGAAGAAGAAGAAGAUUCUGGCUGAGCGGAGGAAGGUGCUGGCCAUUGACCACCUGAACGAAGACCAGCUGAGGGAAAAGGCCAAGGAGCUGUGGCAGAACAUCUACGACUUGGAGGCGGAGAAGUUUGACCUGCAGGAGAAGUUCAAGCAGCAGAAAUAUGAGAUCAAUGUUCUCCGAAACAGGAUCAACGACAACCAGAAAGUCUCCAAGACCCGAGGGAAGGCCAAGGUCACCGGGCGCUGGAAGUAG